CCCCUUUUUUUCCUCCUCUUUCCCGCUGUCUGCUCCUCUCUUUCUUUCGCUUUCAAUUUCAAUCCCUUUCUUCUUCAGUCUCUACCGUCUUCGCUCAGGCGCUCUUCCUCCGAUCUCCCGGUGAAUCCUUUCCCUCCUGCAGCUGUUAGAGGAGGAAAAACGAAUAACACCGUCUUUCAUGGCGAACUCGAGCAAAGAUCCGACCCGCUCGCAUCACCCCACGCAUUUUCACCUUCAGCUUCUCCAAUCCCAGGCACAGUCUCAUGGCGCAAGCAAAAUUCAUAAUCAGUCCUCUUCGUCUCAACCUUCGCCCGGGAAUCUUUUAUUUCCUUCUUUCCUGGGGAUGCGGCCUCAAUCCUCCGAUCACAUUAAUGCUCGCAACGAAGAUUCUCAUUAUAACCUUGCUAAGCUCGCGUUAAAACAAACAAGAGAAGUAGAGAAUGGUGAGGUUAGGACUACGGGACGAGGAGACAUACCUGCACAUAGCAAAGUAAUUAACCAUUCUUCAUUUGAACUGGACUCUCACAUGGCAGGUAAACCUAACAGUAAAGUGAAGGCUCAGAAACAUACCAAGUCAAAGCCUCAGAGUUCAAAUUCUGCUUUUCUUCCAGAAUCUCCCAAUGGACCAAAUGCUGCUGGUACCUGUCGAUUUGAUAGUUCUUUAGGCUUGUUAACAAAGAAGUUUGUCAAUCUGAUCCAGGAGGCUAAGGAUGGAACCCUUGAUUUGAAUCGUACUGCAGAGGUGUUGGAGGUCCAGAAAAGGAGGAUAUAUGAUAUCACAAAUGUUCUUGAAGGAAUUGGGUUGAUAGAGAAAACUUCAAAAAAUCACAUUCGCUGGAAGGGAUCAGAUGAUAUGGGGACAAAGGAUCUUGGUGUUCAACUUACCAAGUUAAAGGCUGAGGUUGAGAGUUUUCAUGCAGAAGAAAGCAGUCUCGAUGAGACUAUAAGGAGAAGGCAAGAGCAAAUAAGAAAUCUAGAGGAAGAUGAAAAUGAUCAAAAGUAUUUAUUUUUGACGGAGGAAGAUAUAAUGAGCCUUCCUUGCUUCCAGAAUCAAACACUUAUUGCAAUUAAAGCUCCUCUAGCAAGCUGUAUUGAAGUUCCUGAUCCUGAUGAGGACAUUGGUUUUCCUCAAAGACAGUAUAAAAUGACUAUUAGAAGUUCAACAGGACCAAUUGAUUUGUACUUGUUAAGCAAAUAUGGAGGUCAAGAUGAGGAUAUGAAUGUGGAGCAGACCAGAUCAGUGGAUCCAUCUAGGAAUUGUGCUCCUUACAGACUAGAAAACUACAGGCUGCCUCCAGAAGACAUUGGUCGUCAAAAGAAUUCUCCUGACACAUUAAAUUUACUUCACUCUGAAGCAUCUGGGAUGCAGAAGAUCAUUCCCACAGACUGUAAUAUUGAUGAUGACUAUUGGUUCCGUUCAGAUCCAGAAAUCAACUUAACUGAUUUGUGGGAUACCUAGCUAGUGCCCUUUAAUCUAUUCAUUGUUCACCAUUGGGAAACCUGUAAAUAUCAGCAAUCUCUAUUAACAUGGACGAGCGAGGGUUCAGAUGUCGGCAACUAACCUUACUCGGGCACUGCUUAGAGGUAUCGUCUGCAAUGGAACGGGAAGACGGUAGUUAUUGCUGGUUCAAGAUGAGAUUAUAUGUACAACCCAAAAUUUGAAGUGUAGAUUAUAUCUAGAAUUUUACAUUUAGUAGAGAUUGUUACUCCUAAGGAAUAAAAGCAAUUUGGUUGCAUCUUCGGGUUGGGUCAGCAUGUCCCAAGUACUUAUAAGCCUAUUUCUUUCAGACUCUGUAAUCAAAUCUUAUGCAAGAUAAGGCCUCGAUGUGAGCCUAGCAU